UCGUCGGAGAAUAGUCCUUCUAGCUAAGGCGUCGGCGGUUUGCGCCCGGCUGGUUGCGGGGUCCUCGUCGUGAAUGACACGGUCGUUGCGUGGCGCAGCUCGGACGAUGGACGUGGGCCUGUACAGCCGGGGGCGGCACGUCAACGGCAGGAUGGGCAGCCUGCCACCGUACGCCCCCUUCAAUGACCCGCACCUGCUCGACUACUACACGCGCAAGUUCGCGAUGGAACCCCGGCCGCCGUCCACGGCGGGGAGAGGGGGGAGUGCCCGCAGCACCAGGGGUGGCGUCCUCUACACGGUGACGGUGAAGACCGGAGAUCGCAAGAACGCAGGCACCCAGGCCAGGGUGUACCUGCAGAUGAAGGGCUCCAAGGGCAGGGUCAACAAGAAGCGCCUCUACAAGAAGUCCAGCUCCGGCAUCGGAGACUUCCGGUUCGGCCGCGGCUCUAGCCACACGUUUCGGCUGCACGGCCCCGAGCUCGGCGAGCUCAAGGCCAUCACGCUUGAGCACGACGGGCUGGAGGAGCACGACGCGUGGUUCGUGGAGGAGGUGAGCGUGACGAGCGCGUCGCGGGCGCGCACCUGGACCCUGCCGUGCCACUGCUGGCUGUCGCUGCACCGCUCCGACUGCCAGAUCAGCCGCACGUUCACGCCGCUCGCCCGCGAGUCGCAUACCGUGUACGAGGUGGUGACGGUGACGGGCGACGUCCGCGGCGCCAGCACCGACGCCAACGUCUCCGUGACCCUGUUCGGGGAGCGCGGCAGCACGGCCAAGCUGCAGCUCACCAGCGCCGGCAAGGACUGCUUCGAGAGAGGGAAGACGGACACGUUCAAGGUCAAGGCGAACUGCGUGGGACCACUGCGGAAGAUAAGGGUGGAGCACGACAACCGCGGCAGCGCCCCGGGCUGGUUCCUGGAGCGCGUCGUGGUGACGGACGUCAGUCGCCCCGGUGCCCGCUGCUUCUUCCCGUGCGGGCAGUGGCUGAGCCGCGACGAGGGCGACGGGCGCACGGUGCGCGACCUGCUGGGCAGCGCUGACCCCAUGCACGCGCCGCGCAAACCCAAGAAGUACGAGGUGACGGUGUUCACGGGGGACGAGCGCGGCGCCGGCACGGACGCCGACGUCUCCAUCAACAUCUUUGGGGAGCUGGGAGACACAGGGGAGAGGCGGCUGGACAGCAGACGGAACAACUUUGAGCGCGGCAAGCAGGACAAGUUCACGCUGGACUCCCCGAAUCUGGGACGUCUCACCAAGAUCUCCAUCGGCCACAACAACCGCGGGCCUUCUCCUGGGUGGUUCCUCGACAAGGUGGUGGUGGACGACAGUGACGCCGGCGUCGUUUACCAAUUCCCGGUACGGCGCUGGCUGUCGGAGGACGAGGACGAUGGGCGGAUUCGGCGCGAGAUCCCCGUGGCCGGCGGUAGCGUCACCGACGGAGGCGCCGGAGGCACCCUGUACACGCUGCGGGUGCUGACGGGGGACAAGCGCGGCGCCGGCACGGACGCGCGCGUCUACGCGGUGCUGCACGGCGCCGGCGCCGGCGGCGCGCGGCCGGGCAGCAGCGGGCGCCUCGAGCUGCGGGGCGGCUCCUUCGAGAGGGGCGGCACGGACGUGUUCCAGCUGGAGGCCGGGCGCGACGUGGCCAGCCCGCUGGCGCGGCUCACCGUCGGGCAUGACAACUCGGGCGCCGCGCCGGGCUGGUUCUGCGAGAAGGUGGUGGUGCUGUGCCCCGGCACGGGCGUGGAGCAGACGUUCCCGUGCGGCCGCUGGCUGGACCGCCGCGAAGGGGACGGCCUCAUCGAGUGCGAGCUCCUGGAGGACUUGUCGCUGCGCAAGACGGUGGCCAAACGGCAGCCCAGCUCCGUGUGGGUCCACACGAGCGACGUGCGCAACGCCGGCACGGACGCCAACGUCAGCUUCCAGCUGUACGGGGAGCGCGGGCACUCCGAGGAGAUCCUCCUCGACAACAAAUCGGACAACUUCGAGCGCGGACAGACGGACAAGUUCACCGUGGAGCUGCCGGACCUGGGGCCGCUGUACAAGAUGCGCGUGUGGCACGACUGCACGCACCCCUUCGCUGGCUGGCACCUGGACAAGGUGACCGUGUGGAUCGCGGGUGGACGUGAGCGCUACACGUUCAGGUGCGGGCGCUGGCUGGACGUGAACGAGGGCGACGGGGAGAUCGUGCGGGAGCUGCCGGCCGAGGGCCCCUCCGUCCGCCAGCCACUGCCAGGUGCGUGCAAGCCCACGGCCGGCUCGUAUAAAAUACCCACAAUACUUUGCACAGCACUGUCGGAAAUGUUUUACAAUACUUUGCAAGACAUGGUCGGAAGACCCACGAUGCCUCACAAGGCACCAGGAGGAGUGUCCGUAAUGCUCGUGCAGUACGCGGUGCUGGUGGAGACGGGGAAGUGCGCCGGUGCCGGCACGGACGCCGCCGUCUCGUUGUGCCUCUACGGCGAGCGCGGGGACACGGGGAACCGCGUGCUGCAACGGAGCUCGUCGCACCGCAACAAGUUCGAGCGCGGGAACACCGACGAGUUCGUGCUGGAGGCCGUGAGCCUGGGCCGGCUCGACCGAGUGAGAAUCGGCCAUGACGGCAAGGGAGCCAGCGCCGGGUGGUUCCUGGAGCGAGUCGAGGUGCGGGACAAGAGUCGGCCAGAGGGCCCGGCCCAGGUGUUCCCCUGCAGCAGGUGGCUAUCGGAGGGUGAGGACGACGGACAGAUCGUAAGGGAGCUGCUGCCCUCAGGACACUCGCAGAUUCUCAAGAACAUCAGCUACCACGUGAAGGUGCGCACGGGGGACGUGCGCAACGCCGGCACGGACGCCAACGUGUACGUGCGUCUCGUCGGCGAGGCGGGCGAGACCGCAAAGAUCCCGCUCCGCACCUCCGCCAACAAGACCGGAAACAAGUUCGAGCGUGGACGCGUCGACGUGUUCACCAUCGAGGGCGGCGACAUUGGCAAGGUGCGCCGCCUGGUGAUCGGACACGACGACUCGGGGCCCGGCGCCGGCUGGUUCCUGGAGGGCGUGGAGGUGGAGGUGCCCGCACAGGGGCUCGCGUACACGUUCCCCUGCGGGCGCUGGCUCGCCUCGGACGAGGGCGACCGCCGUACGGAGGUGGAGCUGCAGCCGGGGCAGGUCCAAGAGCGCAACAAGCUGAUAAACUACGAGGUGACGGUUCGCACGGGGGACGUGCGCGGCGCCGGGACGGACGCCGCCGUCUUCGUGCAGCUGUACGGCGAGCGCGGCAAGACGGAGCAGAAGACGCUGGCCAGCCGCUCCGACAGCUUCGAGAAGGGCGCCACCGACGUCUUCAAGCUGGAGGCGGAGGACGUGGGACGGCUGGCGAAGCUGCGCGUGGGUCACGACGACAAGGGCAUCUCCUCCGCGUGGUUCCUCGACUCGGUCACCGUGCGCCGCUUCCGCGGCAAGCGCGAGCUCGCCGCCGCCGCUGCCGCCAACGGCGCCCGGACGAACGGGGAGGCCGGAGCCGGCCGACGGGACGGGAGCCGUCGCGGGAGCCUCGCCGGGGUGGCCGCACCGAUGGCGGCGCUGGCGGGCAAGGGGCCGGGCGGAGAGGCGGCGGGCGCGGCGGACGGGGACGUGGAGACGUACACGUUCGUGUGCCGCCGCUGGCUCGCUCGCAACGAAGACGACGGGCAGGUGGUGCGCGAGCUGCUCCCCCAGGAGGGCAGCGCCCUGAAAGAAUGCACGUACAGCGUGCACGUGUUCACGGGAGACGUGCGUGGCGCCGGCAGCAACGCCAACGUCUUCAUCACCGUCUACGGCACCGCGGGCGACUCCGGCGAGCGGCAAUUGCGCGAUUCCGAGAAGCACCGCAACAAGUUCGAGCGCGCAAACGAGGACGUCUUCACGGUCGCGGCCGUGGACCUGGGAGAGCUGAAGAAGGUCCGGCUGCGACACGACAACAGCGGCGUUAGCGCCGGCUGGUUCCUCGACCGCGUGGAGGUCACGGAGCAGACGUCCCAGCGCAAGUACGUGUUCCCGUGCGGGCGUUGGCUGGCCGUGGACGAGGACGAUGGGCAGGUGGCGCGCGAGCUGGUGGCGCAGGACCCCGCCCGGGCGAAGGCCCCGGCACUCGGCUCAGCAAAGCGGCCCAAGUCCAGCACCAGCCUCAGCUUGGAGCAGAAAGCUCAGCUCACGACGUACAACAUCAAGGUGAAGACGGGAGACAAGCGUGGAUCGGGCACGGACGCCAAUGUCUACAUGGUGCUGUACGGAGAGAAGGACGACACAGGCAAGGUGAACCUGAAGUCAUCCAAAACCAACAAAAAUAAGUUUGAGAGGGGCCAGACUGAUGAGUUUACCCUGGAAGCUGUCGACAUCGGAGCCCUGAAGAAGAUUAAGAUCGGACACGACAAUGCAGGUACUCCCCCUUCCAGGAUGCUCAGCGAGGCCAUUUGA